AGCUGCCCUCAGACACCAGCCCAGCGGGUUUCCAUCGCCCCAUUUAAAAUUCGAGUUCACCUCAUAGCCCCGCGUGAUUCGAUUCUGCUCCAAGUUGUGUUUUGCAUCGUUCCUUACACCUGACAGCUCAAUCGUUAAGAAGAGCAACUAACAGAUGAAGAUAUUUAGGAUUACGGGUCUUGGUGGCGUUCUCCCUGUAAAAAUGGUUGCAGCUGCAAUAUUUCAUAUGCGGUGCAGCAAAGGCAUCCUGAUUGCAGUUUGAUCGUACUGCCCAUGCACUGUGCAGCAAUCUGCAAUGGAGGAGUUAACGAUGGCUUGAACUGAUUGCAUAUGAGAACAUUAGAACGCAGGAAUUCCAGGGGGAGCUGGGAACAAAAAGGGAUGUUUUGUUGGUGCCACUGGCUGAGACAAGCUGAUAGAUGGUCACAGUGCUUGGGAAAAUUCCAACUUAGUGUUCAUUAUAUGGUUUUUGAGUCUACGAGGUGUUCUGCCAUUAUUUUGCUGAAGUUGUUCCAUAUGUUUCUCUUGGUUUUGUAGGCGGAGAAGCCAAGGAAGCUGUCAGUUUAACCUGAAAGUUGAAGUGCUGGCUAAUGAGCUCUUAAUUAGGAGAUUGGAAACCAUUUGUGAAGCUGAAGAUAAGCCGAGGCUUCCAAAGGUUUGUGGCAUGCUAGAGAUCCUGGAAAGAUUGACUGCUGAACUCGUGUGAUGCUGGGAAGGACCAUCACAUCCAUUCUACCAGGGCUGAGCUCAGUUGUAAUUCUCUGUCCGCACUGACACUGUUCCUCUUCAACAUGUGGAAUACGUGUCUGUGGAGUUAAACCAGGACAAUCUCCUGAAAAUGGAUUUCCAGAGAAGGCAUGUGCUGUGAUUUUUUGAAUAAGCCACCAACAUCCUCUGAAUUUUUUAUUUUUUUGCGGAUUUUUAUUACUCAACUGAAAAAGCAAGCAGUGUUGCUAGAUUGCUCUGAAAGCUAGAGAUGGCUCUUCCUUCUCCAAAAUCUAUAGCAGGAGAUCUAACACAAAGAGAAGAACUCGUGCUCCAUAAUGAAAGCUGUUUUCAUUUCCUCUCUGCAAAUGUCAUCACAGUAGUGGAAAGAUGUAUGAGCUCCAUGCAAGCUGGUACCCAAAUGAUCAAACUCCGUGGUGGUUCCAAAGGGUUGGUCCGCUUCUAUUACCUGGAUGAGCACAAGUCAUGCAUUCGCUGGAGACCCUCCCGAAAGAAUGAGAGAGCCAAAAUUUCCAUCGACUCUAUUCAAGAAGUUUGUGAGGGGAAGCAAUCGGAGAUCUUUCAGCGCUAUGCUGAUGGCAGUUUUGAUCCUAACUGCUGCUUUAGCAUCUACUAUGGAGAUCAUAUGGAAUCGCUUGACCUGGUGUCUUCCAGUGGAGAUGAAGCACGUACUUGGAUCACAGGGCUAAAAUAUCUGAUGGCAGGCAUCAGUGAUGAAGACAGCCUCUCAAAACGCCAAAGAACCAGAGACCAGUGGUUGAAGCAGACAUUUGAUGAAGCAGAUAAAAAUGGUGAUGGCUGUCUGAGUAUUAAUGAAGUGCUCCAACUAAUGCACAAACUGAAUGUCAACCUACCCCGACAAAAAGUCAAGCAAAUGUUUAAGGAGGCUGAUACAGAUGAUAACCAGGGCACGCUAGGCUUUGAUGAGUUCUGCACCUUCUACAAGAUGAUGUCAACACGACGUGAUUUGUACUUGCUAAUGCUCACCUACAGCAACCACAAGGACUUCCUGGAUACAGAUGACCUGAGACGCUUUCUGGAGAAUGAACAAAAGAUGACAAAUGUGACCCGAGAACACUGCCUGGAAAUUAUCAACAAGUUUGAACCAUGCCUGGAAAACAAGAAGACAGGAGCUCUGGGGAUUGAUGGUUUCACCAAUUACAUGCGGAGUCCCUCAGGGGACAUUUUCAACCCAGAACACUACCAAGUGCAUCAGGACAUGAAUUACCCUUUGAGUCACUAUUUCAUUACCUCUUCACAUAAUACCUACCUCAUGGGAGAUCAGCUGAUGUCCCAGUCUAGGGUGGACAUGUAUGCAUGGGUGCUACAAUCUGGCUGUCGCUGUGUUGAAGUUGACUGCUGGGAUGGGCCGGAUGGUGAACCAAUUGUCCACCAUGGAUACACUUUGACUUCCAAAAUUCUCUUCAAAGACGUGAUUGAAACUAUCAACAAAUAUGCCUUUAUCAAGAAUGAGUACCCUGUUAUCUUGUCAAUUGAGAACCACUGCAGUGUAAUUCAGCAGAAGAAGAUGGCCCAGUAUCUUACAGAAAUUCUGGGUGACAAAUUGGAUCUGUCUUCUGUGCACAAUGAUGACUCUACAAGGCUCCCUUCACCAGCAAGUCUUAAAGGGAAGAUACUGGUUAAGGGGAAGAAACUUCCAGCCAACAUUAGUGAUGAUGCAGAGGAGGGUGAAGUUUCUGAUGAGGACAGCGCUGAUGAGAUUGAUGAUGACUGUAAAAUAAUGAAUGGAGAUGCAUCUACAAAUAGGAAGAGAGUGGAGAAUAUAGCAAAGAAAAAACUUGACUCACUGAUAAAAGAAUCCAAAAUCCGUGACUGUGAAGAUCCAAACAAUUUUACAGUUACCACUCUGCCAUCAUCUGGAAAGACUGGUCAGAAAUCAGACAGUAAGAAGAAUAAACUUGAGGAUGAUGUGGAAUCUGGGGAAGACUUCAGUACCAAUAAAAGGCACAGCCGAACAUUGAUGGGCAGCUUUUCUAAACGCAAGAAAAAAGGAAGCAAAUUGAAAAAAUCAACCAGUCUGGAAGAAGGUGAGGAUGAUGCUGAUUCUCAAGGAAAUGUAGCCAGAGGCUCUGUACAUUACACCAGGGUAAACCGACAGAAGAAAACAAUGAAGUUGUCCCGGGCACUCUCAGACUUGGUGAAAUAUACAAAGUCUGUUGGCAUCCAUGAUGUUGAAUCUGAAAUCUCUUCCAGCUGGCAGGUUUCAUCUUUCAGUGAAACAAAAGCCCACCAGAUACUGCAGCAAAAGCCAGCACAGUAUCUACGUUUCAACCAACAUCAGUUAUCCCGCAUCUACCCAUCUUCCUACCGUGUAGACUCUAGCAACUACAAUCCCCAGCCAUUCUGGAAUGCUGGCUGCCAACUCGGUGAGCAGAAAGAGUUUAUUUAUUUUUGUUUUAUUUGGGGAGGAAUGUUUCAAUGGUAGCUUUAAGAAUAAUUU